GUCAGCGCAGCUCGUCAAUAUGGCGCUUGCUAAAUAGCUUAUUUAUCAAGUCGUAGCGAUGUAGCUGUAUUCACGGCUAACUAUGGAAAAGGACUUUGUAAAUUGGCAUUUGAUUCCAAAGUUUCAUGGACGAUUAUUCUGCACCCCAGAUGUCAAAUGGUUUGCAACUAUCGCUGUGAACCUCGCCUGUUUUCAAUUUGCCUGUAUUGUUUUCAAUCGAUUUCUUGUAAAACAUGGCCGACUUGUGUCUCCGAACUCUUACAAAAUGAUCAAUUAUUAACUUCCCCCGAUCAUAAGUCGGACCGAGGUCUUGGUCGUUGUAGAUCUGUUUCUUUUGUGGCUUGAUCACGGGAUUCAAUGAUGGAUGAUAAGCACAAGGAACUGGUCGCGAUGCACCGGUCGAAGAUUAUACAGACGGUAGAAGUUGACAAGUUGUGUCCUUACCUGGAGAAAGGGGCGCAAGUGCUAGGUCCGGACGAGGUCGCCGAGAUAGAAGGACAGUCCUCUCGGAUGGCAAAAGUUGAAAAACUCUUGGAUGUUUUGUCUGUGAAGGGUGGACCAGCUUAUGAAAACUUUUUGCAUGCUCUAAAGAAUACCUACCCACAUUUCUUCGACGUUCUGUUUAUGGGAGGUAGCUCAGGAUUGGCAGAUUCCAGAUCCACAUCGAUGACAUCUGACUCAGAAGAUGACGUACAGCGCCAUCCUCAGCACAUCCAGAUAGAUCCAAGUCGGUCCCAGGAGAUCCGAGAUGCCCGCCUGAAGAUCAUUCCCUCCAGUCAGUAUGAGAUCGACAGCACCACCAGCAGCAGCAGCUACCCUACCCUCUCCCAGAGUCCCCUCCACCACAGUCUGCAGUCUCCCGUGGAGAUCAAGGUGUCGGAGAAGUCGCGGGACUAUGACUGGCUCAAGGAACAGUGUGAACAUGCAAUCAAGGAACUGCAGUCCAUGAAAGGCCAACACGCUCAGACGGUCACGCGGUAUGACCAAGCUACGAAGGAAGCUGACCAUUACCGUAACCUUUACAAGACGUCUCUCACGAGGCAGACCCAACUGACAGAUGAAAUACAUUCUCUGAAAUCAGAGAACUUGGAUGUGUUGAGCAGAAGCAAGAAGCUCGAACAGGAGGUCGGCAACUUACACAAAUUACGUGAAGAAGACAAACAAGAAAUCGCUGAGCUACGCAUCCAGUAUCGUAAAGUUUUGAGCGAAAGCGGUUCCAGUGAGGUGCUAAAUGAAAUGUAUGACACGCUGUUAGAUAAGUAUGAGACUCUGAAGAACAACUAUGAUCGUCUUCGUGAACAGUAUGAUGAUGUCGCAUCAUCCCACGGUUCAAACAACAGCCGACUGGAAAAACUGUCCGAGGAAAAUGAGAGUGUUCUUAAAAAGUAUGAGGAGAUGCGCAUCGAGCGAGACAUGGCUAUUACAGACAGGAAUGGCUUCAAACAGCAGUGUACGUCUGCCAUUCGGAAUUGGAACCAGGUGCUGAAUGAACGGAAACAGUUGAACGAAUCUUUAGCAUUUAUGACUCAACAACGAGAUAAGUAUGUGUUAGAUUAUAACCAGGCACUCGCCAAACAAAUAAAUCUGCGGAAAGAGAAGGACAGCCUGCAGAAUGAACGGGAUGCCUGUUACAGCGAAUAUCGUCUGAUAAUGUCCGAGCGGGACACUGUGCAUAAGGAGAUAGAACAGCUCCACGACAAGCUCGUGGAGGUGACAAAGAAGGUAACUGUGCUGGAGAAGGACAAGAAGAGUGCGGAGGACCAGGCGGAAACGCUGAAACGUGAGGUUGCGUCUGCUCUGCAGGAUCGGGACAAGUGCAGACGUGAGUGCAAUGAUAUAUCAGGUAUGAAACACGAACUGGAGCAAGAGCGUGAUGUGAUUCAGAAGGAAUUUAGUCUGUUGACACAAGAACGCGACAUUGCGCGCCAGGAACGGCAUCAGGCUCUUGAGCGCAUGGACCACAUCAUUAAGGAGAAUUAUGAAAUCACUCAGAAGAAGAAAGCAGAAGAGAUGGAUCAUGUUGCCAAGGAGACAGAAUCUCUGAAGAAGCAGAUUGAAAAAUUGAAGCAAGACUUGAGUGAUGCUGCCCAGGAGGCUGAGAUAGCUAAGAAACGACGUGAUUGGGCGUUUGGUGAACGUGACAAGAUUGUGCAGGAGCGAGAGAGUAUCCGCACGCUGUGUGACAACCUGCGUCGUGAGCGGGACCGCGCAGUGUCGGAUCUGGCUCAGGCCCUCCGAGACUCUGAUGAGUUGAAAAAACAGAAAAAUGAAGCAUUUAAGGAACUCAAGGAAGUCAAGGAGAAGUACGAGGCCGUGGUGGAGCGGGAAGCUGGGAAGGGGCAGCUCAACUCCAUCGGACACAACCACUCCCGCGACUCCGCCAUCGACGCAGACCUGCAGGAGUGGGAAUGCGAAAUGAUUGAUGUAGAACUGGAGAUGAUGAAUGGAGACAACCUGGGGUUUGACCUCAUCGGGGGCAAGGACGACCCCCAGUUCCAGAACGACCCCUCCCUCUUUGUGUACAACGUGAUGAAGGGAGGCGUUGCCGACGGCAAACUCAGACUGAAUGACAUUGUGUUGAAAGUCAAUGGUAGAGAUGUGACUAGCGUAGAGAAACGACUGGCUUCCCAGGCCAUGAGAGAACAUUCUGGAACCAUCACUUUGGUUGUAAAGCGAAGAAAAUGGACCAGUGCCCGGAUCUGGCAGCCCCUUCAGCUGCUGUUGUCAUGUCACAAAGAUCCUGGUAUGCAGAUAGAACAUGGCUUGUUCAUCUCUCGGAUGUAUCAAGGGGGAAUCAUCGCCAAGGAUGGCAUGCUGCCUAGCAUCGGGGAUCGGAUUGUGCAGGUGAACAGCAAGCCAGUGUCGACAGGAAUGUCGGCCCGCGAGGCCAUGAAGGUCCUGGAGAAGUCAAAUGACCCUGUGCAGCUGCAGGUGCUGAGACAGGUGUCCCCCGUGCACUCCGCGGGGUCCUCCCCCACCCCCACCAGCCAAGCUAUCAUGUCAACACUUCCGGACCAUUCGUAUCAUUCCAACCAGCGCAGCCAAUCGGACACCAUCCCACAACAUGGCUUCCUCAUGGACGACCCAAUGACCAGCCACAAUUACUCUCACGGAGGGAACAAGACAUCACGCAGUCACAGCUCACAGACGGACAGUCUUGACAGUUCUGGUGCGUCACGGAAGAGCCGUGAUCGGCAACAUGGUGUCAAGGAAGUAAUCCGCGGACUGUUCCGCCAGGUUCAGAGAUCCAAUGAGAGCCAGUUAGAUGUGGAUGAGAGGGGCAGUCACCCGUAUAUGUCGAACUGCAAUUUAGGAACUCAGGAAAAGAUCAUUGCUGAAUUUGAUCCUGUUUCAAAUCAUAACAAAGAUGAGAGAGUGAAAGAAAAUUCAAAACCCAAAUCACGGAAAACGGAAUUUGAAAUAGACAGCAAUAGCGGGACUUGGCCGAAAUCCAGUCACCAGCCUCGACCUGCUUUUCUCCCUGGGAAAAACACAGUUGUAAUUCGUCCACACCCAGGGAAGGAAAGACCUCCAUUGAGACCAGACUCUUACAUCCAGCCUUCAUUUUACGAUGACAAGAACUCCCCUGGGAGACACUUCAGUCAGAACUCAGAUUCCAGUAUUCGAUACGGACAAGAAGAACCCAGGUCACUGUUCACGCCACCACGGAGGAAAUCCCCCGUGUGCCCGCCUAUGGCUCCCUAUUCCUUCUACAACGGCCAGCCCGAGAUAGACAAGGUGUAUGUUCAUAGUCCUCUCAACAAUGCCAACUCAAAGCUGCUCUCCUCUCCCCCACCAUCUCACACACACUCCGAGUUUGACUCUGGAUCCUCCCAACCAAAGAAUGUGUACCCUAUAAACAAUGGCAAACCCCCUAGUCAGUCUAGCUAUCCACAGAGGCGCCAGCCAGGACCAGGGGGGAGCAGCAGACCCACUUCUAUAGACUUCCCAAUAGGAGACAUUCCGUCGGAACGACUCUUUGAAAACAGAAUUCCGUCCCCGAUAACAAGAGUUCCUCCCAGAAACUCACAUCAUCCAAACAGCCAACCGCCAGCUCAGCCACCCUAUCGGUCGGGGAACCAAGUGUCGGCGUACACGCCUCCCCCGUAUCCCCCUGGUUCCUCCCACAGCUCCUACCCAGCCCACUACAGAUACACCAUGCCUCCUGACUUCCAGCCAUUUCACUUCUGCCCGGUGGACUACAGCUCGCCCAGCAUUUCACAACAGAGCAACUCAACAAUUGACCGCAUCACACCAACCUUCAGCGAGGACGUCCCACCGCGCUACUCCCACUAUGGCCGCCACACCCACGGCCAGAACCAGGGCUCUGUGGAAAUCGUGUCCGGACCAAGCAGUCCAGGGUCGUCUCUACUCAAGUUUGAACCCUGGUUGUCAGAGGAGUUUCCAAGACGCAAAAAACCACGGCCUCUAGACAUGAGGACAAUUACCAUUCAGAAGACUGCAGAACAAUUUGGCAUUCAAAUCAAUGCGGGUCCGUCUGGUGGAAUAUUUAUUUCCUCCGUGAAUGAGAAGAGUCUUGCUGCCCAGGCGGGUCUGGUUCCUGGUGAUCAACUCCUAGAGGUUUGCGGUAUCAACAUGAGAACAGCCUCCUACGCCCACGCUCUGACCGUGCUGAAGCAGUGCGGAGAUAACCUCAUCAUGAGGGUCCAGUACAAUCCAGACAAAUAUCGUGAGCCACAUGAGUCGUCCAGCACGGGGUCGAUGCCAUCAGUUGCCGGGACGAUCACCAGCUCUUUAGAGGGAGACAAGUCUCCACUGACCAUCACCCACAUGUCACCCUCACACGGAAAGACAAGCAGCUCGGACAACAUGUGUGAGCGGCCUCGAUACCUCACUCUGAAGAAGAGGAACACCAGUAUUGGCUUCAGUAUUGUGGGCGGCAACGCUACCGGCAUCUUUGUACAUGAGCCACCGCAGACCAACACCAACGACGUGAACAACUCACUUCAGCGUGGAGACCAGAUCCUCGAGUACAAUGGCUUGGACUUUCGCGGCAUAACAGCAGAGCAGGCCGUCCUCGAGCUGUCUAAACCUUGCUCCACCAUGAGAAUCAGGGCCCAACUAAACCUCCCUAAAUACAACAAGGUCCAGAACCUGCCAGGAGAUUCAGUCUACAUCCGGGCAAACUUUGAGCGAGUCGCAGAGAGUGAGACCGAACUAGCUUUUCGCAGAGAUGACAUCAUGCUAGUUGAGAACACCUUGCACGGGGGAGGGAUGGGACUGUGGUUUGCCUGGCUUGUCAAUGAUGAUGGCAAGAAGCUGAAGGGAGGCACCAUUCCAAGCAGAAUGAGGCUGGAGGAUGAUAUGGUGCUCCGCCGCAGUCUGUCGGAGAGCGUCAGUCUCCAUGAGUCAGACGACCUCAAGGGCUCACGCCGAGGCUCAGGCACAUACAGAAGAAGCUUUUUCCGCAAGAAACGACACCAGCGAAACAACUCUAAGGAGAGUCGCGAGUUGAGUUCCUUCUCCGAUGCUUCUCUCAACAGUGAUUCCGUUCCACUGCUUGAUGAUUCCAUCUAUGGCUACACAAUCAUGGAGAGAAUUGAGUGCAAGAAGACGCGACCUGUUGUCCUGCUGGCGCCACUGGCCGAACCUCUGAUCCGCAAACUGGAGUCGGAGUCUCCCGACAAGUACCACCAGUGCAAGCCCUCGGGUGGCUACACACAAAACCAGUUGAAUCAGAAUAUGUCGAAAGGCGUGGUGAUCGACUACUGGCGGCGUGACGACCACUUUGAAUGUGUCCGUGUCACAACUAUAGAAGAAAUCUGUGAUAAGAGAGUCCACUGUUUACUGAAAGUCAGUCCGGCUGCUGUAGAAAGACUGCACCAUCUCAAAAUAUACCCCAUUGUUAUUUUCGUCAGGCAUAAAAACUGGAAACAAAUCAGGGAAAUACGAGAUGUCCAGUUUCUGCCAGAGAAGUUGUCCAACAAAGCAUCCAAAGAUAUAUAUGAGCAGCACCUGAAGAUUGAGCAAGAACACCACAAUUUAUUUUCAGCCACAAUCCAAGGAGGCAACCUGGCUGAAAUGUGUAUGCACAUCAAGACUGUGAUUGCAUCAGAGCAGAAAAAGCCAGUUUGGGUGUCUGCUGUGUGCAUGUGAUUGGCUCUCUGCCUACACUGACUGUAUGCCAUUGGUCAGUUUAUCUCAACUGUGAUUGGUGGAUUCAAGUCAGGUGACCACUGUGAUAGGAUAUGACUAUUUAUGAGGUAGAGAGUGGUGAGACAGGAAUGUGGACAGGUAUCUCACAAUCUGACUUUCUGCUUUUCCAAGUGACCUCUGUUGAUGCCCCCGUAGCGGGGAUUCACUUUGUGUUGAAGCCAUCAAAAUGGACUAAAGAUGCACUAGUGUGGAGUUAUUGACUUCAGGAGGAAUAGACCAAGGUAUUCCAGGACGAAGUGCCUUCAUCGUGCGAUGAAACAGACUGUCCGAUCGAUAAUGUUGAAUCAUUCCAGGCGCUUUCACUUUUGCUUUUGUCACAGUUCUGCUUUCGGUGGAGUCGUGCAUCCCUUCAUUGUCGCGUGUUGACAGUGAUGUUCUUCAGGGUCUCGUACAUCCUGGAGCCUAUAAACACUAGAAGAUGACCUACUUAGUGUUCAAGUUUCUGAAAAUAGAUUUUUCUUUUCAUGUUUAUAGCUGUCCAGCUGAUUACUGAUUAGUGCGAUGUUGCUGACCAAGGCUUCCAUAGUGCCCCUGUUACAAGUGGAUAGGGAUAGUAUCUCAAGAAUUCUGCAGUUGUAAUUAUGUGUGCACAAAAGUGUUGAUUUCCUAACAACUAAUUACUUGGCCAUUAUAUUUUGUAGUAAUAGAAACACAAAUAUGGUAGAAUACUGAUCCAUACACACAGGAACCUGCCUUACAAGCAGAGGGUGGCAGAGUCCCAGUACACCGACUACAUGUUCACGUUAACCCUGAAACUAAGCACAGUUGUGAAUGGACUAUUUACUGUGCAACAGAUCUCGUCUUGAGUGUGGUGAUACUGAAUGUCCUUUCCGCUUGUCAAUUUUUUCUUCAAUCUCCAUUAGGUAAUGCCAACAUUGUUGUCAAACCUUAUGUACUGCCCUUGCCAGAUAAUGUCGACAUUGUUGUUAAACCCUUAUACUGCCCCCAUCAGAGUGCUGACAGUGUUGUCCGACGGUUUGUACUACCUGGGCCCUAUCACAAUGUAUGUUUUUGCCACAGGUUUUUAAUGGUUUGUGCAAUUAUGAGGAAGAUAUCCACCCACAUCAGUCUGCCAUUUUGUUGAAAUCGCCAUUUGUUAAGCCUCAGUGCAUUACACCAAUAUGUGCUUUAAUGUACCGCAAACAUGCAUUACAUGCAUGGCCAUGUGUGAUUGGGGGACGUCGGUCUCGACGAUGGGCUCGUCGUUCAAUCCAGUGCCACUGUCUGGCUUUGGUCUGAUGGCAUAUAUAAGACUGAGACAUUGUCUGCUGAUUGAUUGGAGUAAAAUUAAAACAGAUUUUUUAACCAGUGUUUGGAGAAUAAUAAUUUUGUUUGAUAAACUUUUGACAUCCAUGAUUAAAUUAGUCAUUUGAAAUUUUUUGGUCAGAGAUGAGUGCAUCUCACACCAAAAUGUUGAGACUGUGUCAGAUAAGGUUUUGAUUCCACGGUGAGGCAUAGGUGAGAGGUCAUCACAGGUGAGAGGUUGUCAUCAUCACAAGAGGAAGAUGAAGACUGAGACAUGAUAGGAUGUAGCAAACUUUAGAGUGAUUGAAUAAUUGUGCUUCUAUGUCUGUGACAUUAUUAUGACUUCCUGAGCUUGUUCAACUUGUGUUCACUGUCGGUGUACAGGCCUGCAUAGGGACAGUAGUGUUUCUGUCACGAGUGGCAGGACAUCACACUUUCACAUUCCAGGGUGACGGGGACUGCUCGUGGUGAGGCCUCACUUCUAUUUGGAAUAUCAGUCUGCGAUAUGACGUUAAGCAUUUCAGGAAAAUCAUGACAUGAAAGUUCCAUAACUUUUGCAAUAACUGAAGAUAUUUGUUCGACCUAUGAGGGCACAAGAUAAAUGUUUGCAGAUUUUUGUUAAGAUCAAUUUGUCUAUAAGCAAAGUGUUUCAACUUAUUUUCAACCAAUAUUUUUCCAAGGGGUGAUCUCAUGCUUUCAUGCUGUACUUAAGAAGAGAGCUUAUAUUUCUAUUCAUUGUUACACUGAUCAUUAUCCGCCCAGCCACUGAAGGACGCAGUGUCACAUCAGCUAAUGGGAGAUUACCAGUUAAGGGGAGAGCACUCUUGGCAGAAGAGUAGCAUGGCAUAUUUUGCAGGAUACAGUACUUGGUUGUGAAUGUAUGUUGCUGUGUGCAGCAUACUUGUGAUAUAUCCUGGCCCCCCCCUCAGCUCACCUGGCUGUAGAGCGUGCCUGCAUCUUUGUUACAACUGUCAGGAUAUCAUUAUUGUGUAGCAAGGUCAAGGUCAAGAGCUGCCUAGCUUGUUUAUCACUGUCCCUAAUUGUUGCAUUAUUUGUGUGUGAGUAUGAGAAAUUGUGUGGACGGAGACGGGACUCAUGUCAUCGCCUGGGAAUGGAGUUAUUGAAACAUUAGAGACUACGGGAAAGACUACGUAGUCAAAGGUUCAACAAUAGUCACUCUGAUGAAUAGGUAAUGUAGGAAAAUGGUUGCACACACUAUGUUCUGUAUAGCAGCCCAAGAGGCUUUUCAUUGGAUGGGGGGAGAGGCCAAUUUGUGCCACAUAGUAUCAGGUGAGCCCUUCAACACAUUUUAGCUCACCUAACUGAAUGUUUAGUGAGCUUAUGACAAUGAAGCUGCAACUUAUGGUAGAUGUGUAGUUAAAAGUGGGGCUCAACAUGAAUGUUCUGUUGUUCGCGAUAUUUUGAAAUUUGACCUUGACAUGACCUUUGCUCCUUGAUCAUGGGCCAAAGUGCACUCAAAAUUUGUUUCUGCACACUGUAAACCUCCUCUCCUCAAACCAUUCAACCAAUGAAGUUGCAACUUCCCAUGUUUGUUACAACCAAUGAUGACACCACAAUUGUGCAAGAGGUUCGAAUAAGAUUUUCAAUACAGCCACCAUGGCAGCCAUAUUGAAAAACUAUAAAAAUGGCCGUAACUCAUAUUUGUCAGUAUUGUUCAAAAUUUGGUAUUUAUUCAGUUUGUUUUGGGAUUCAACAUAUAAUGCCAUAAUUUUGGCUUUUUCUCUCUAUGUAUGCAGAAACACUUGAAUAUCAACACUGACAGCAACCUCGUUAUGUGGCUGUCUUUGUUGACUGCAGUGGAGCUACAGUGCCAUGGCACACUAUUUGAAGCUAUUAAUGAAUACAUCACACAGCUCUCAGCCACGCCCUCCUUCCCUGCUCUCAGCGUGGUAAAUAUGCAAUAUAUUAUCUCAUCCAUGAUAAGGAAUGGGGUGUUUAUUUAGAAUUUAAGAAACAUCAGAUGUACUGUUAGCUCACCUGAUGUGGUCAAAGCAACUCCUUAGAAAUUAGGCUUGUUCCAACCAAUGAUUGAACUGUUUUGCAAAGACAUGUUCUGGUCAUUAGAUAUUGACAUUACCUUUUAUGUCAUUGCAUUCUAGACUUGGGAAUUAUAUAUAUUCCUCUGUAAACCUGGUUGGAAAACAGUAAUGCUGACCACUGUCUUAGUUGACUUUUGUCUGCUAACAUUGUAAGCUGUACAAAGCAGGUGAGCUACAGUAGUGUUCUGUCUUCAAUGGUGUUGGUAAAAAAGAUUAUGCAUGUGGAGGAUUUUGAAUACUCGAUGGUAUGAAACAUGCAGAUAGAUGCUUAAGCAAUUUGUUAAGUUUAGCCUGAGUCAUUCUGAAUGUCAACAGUUUUCAAGCCUAUAGUGAUUUAUGAAAAGUGUUCAUACAGUGCAUCAUAUAUUUACAUCAUGCUGUCUAAUUGCAGAUUAUUUAUUUUCGUAAGUUUAGAUUUCUCUUAAUUCAAACUUCCCUUCCCAAGAAUAUAUGUAGUGACUGUCAUAUCAUAGAGUGCUAGACACGUCUUGUGUGAGAGGACACCUACUUGUGACUGUCAUGUCAUGGACUGCUAGACACGACCUGUGUGAGAGGACACCUACUUGUGACUGUCAUGUCAUGGACUGCUCGACACGUCCUGUGUGAGAGGGCACCUACUUGUGACUGUCAUGUCAUAGACUGCAAGACACUUCCUGUGUGAGAGGGCACCUACUUGUGACUGUCAUGUCAUGGACUGCUCGACACGUCCUGUGUGAGAGGGCACCUACUUGUGACUGUCAUGUCAUAGACUGCAAGACACGUCCUGUGUGAGAGGGCACCUACUUGUGACUGUCAUGUCAUAGACUGCAAGACACGUCCUGUGUGAGAGGGCACCUACUUGUGACUGUCAUGUCAUGGACUGCUCGACACGUCCUGUGUGAGAGGGCACCUACUUGUGACUGUCAUGUCAUAGACUGCAAGACACGUCCUGUGUGAGAGGGCACCUACUUGUGACUGUCAUGUCAUAGACUGCAAGACACUUCCUGUGUGAGAGGACACCUGCUCAUGACUGUCAUUUCAUGGAGUGCUAGACACGUCCUGUGUGAGAGGACAGCUGCUUGUGACUGUCAUGUCAUGGAGUGCUAGACACGUCCUGUGUGAGAGGACACCUGCUUGUGACUGUCAUGUCAUAGACUGCUAGACACGUUCUGUGUGAGAGGGCACCUGCUUGUGACUGUCAUGUCAUGGAGUGCUUUUAUUUUCAAUCUCUAUGUUAUUUUCCACCUCACAUUGUUAUCUCAGAACUGUUUGUGGUUAAAUUGAUUGAGGACUGAUUGGACUUUAUGCAAAGGUUGCAACCCAUUCACAUCCAUGGGGAUGGUGACACCUGACUGUAUGGUCCACCUACCUCAACUGAUGGCUCAUCUCACAUUAGGUUUGUAGAUUAACUUCUUUCAAAGCAAAUUGUCCACAUAUCUGAACCAUAAUUUAUAUGUGAGUUCAAUGCAGCCCCCUUGCUGCUGUUUGUUGUAGUCAACAAUAUUCCAGCUACAUCAUGACAACGUAUAAAUAGUCAAGUCUGGGCAGGCAACCUCUGAGUUAUGCACUGCAUCUUCAGGUACCAUGACACAUUAUCAGCCAAAUCUUGUCUAGGGCACUGGGGACCUAUACUAAGAGUAAAGCUCAGCAUUCACAUGUAUGUCUCCAUGAUAUAGAAGACCCAGUGGGAAUUCUAGGCUAGAAUUAGUCCCCAUAGCCUAUAGUUAUCAUAUAUGCUAUUGUCCAAGCUAAGUGUCCAGUAGACACCUGUACUACUUUCUUUAUCAAGAUUAUAUUUUGGACCGAGCCACAUGAACAUGUUCUGGUCUGAUCUUAUUGAUGACAGAGCCACAUGUUCUGUUCUGAUCUUAUCGAGGAUCGACCCACAUGUUCUGUUCUGAUCUUAUCGAGGACAGAGCCACAUGCACAUGUUGUGGUCUGAUCUUAUUGAUGACAGAGCCACAUGCACAUGUUCUGGUCUGAUCUUAUCGAGGAUCGAGCCACAUGUUCUGUUCUGAUCUUAUCGAGGACAGAGCCACAUGCACAUGUUGUGGUCUGAUCUUAUCGAUGACAGAGCCACAUGCACAUGUUCUGGUCUGAUCUUAUCGAGGACCGAGCCACAUGCACAUGUUCUGGUCUGAUCUUAUCGAUGACUGAGCCACAUGCACAUGUUGUGGUCUGAUCUUAUCGAGGACAGAGCCACAUGCACAUGUUGUGGUCUGAUCUUAUUGAGGACCAAGACACAUGUUCUGUUCUAAUCUUAUCGAGGACAGAGCCACAUGCACAUGUUGUGGUCUGAUCUUAUCGAUGACAGAGCCACAUGCACAUGUUCUUGUCUGAUCUUAUCGAGGACCGAGCCACAUGCACAUGUUCUGGUCUGAUCUUAUCGAUGACUGAGCCACAUGCACAUGUUCUGGUCUGAUCUUAUCGAGGACAGAGCCACAUGCACAUGUUGUGGUCUGAUCUUAUUGAGGACCAAGACACAUGUUCUGUUCUAAUCUUAUCGAGGACAGAGCCACAUGCACAUGUUCAGGUCUGAUAUUAUCAAGGAUCGAGCCACAUGUUCUGUUCUGAUCUUAUCGAGGACAGAGCCACAUGCACAUGUUCUGGUCUGAUCUUAUCGAGGGCAGAGCCACAUGCACAUGUUCUGGUCUGAUCUUAUCGAGGACAGAGCCACAUGCACAUGUUCUGGUCUGAUCUUAUCGAGGACCGAGCCACAUGUUCUGGUCUGAUCUUAUCGAGGACAGAGCCACAUGCACAUGUUGUGGUCUGAUCUUAUCGAUGACAGAGCCACAUGCACAUGUUCUGGUCUAAUCUUAUCGAGGACAGAGCCACAUGUUCUGGUCUGAUCUUAUCGAGGACAGAGCCACAUGCACAUGUUCUGGUCUGACCUUGGCAAUGAUGGACUUUCACAUGCACAUGUUGUUCUGGUCUUGCCGAAAAUUUGAUCAACUUAUGCAGAUGUUCUGUUCUGACCUUAAGAAGAACAGACCCACAUGCAGAUAUUCUUUUCUGGUCUUGCAAGUAUAGGUCUGACUCUGGCGGUUUUCCUGAUAACAUGAACACUCAACAUGGCUGAGGGUCAGUAAUGAUAUGACAGAACAUAUGGAUGCAGACACAGGGCCAUACAGGACCUAAAUGCUGUUCCUGAAGUUAAACUCUGCACUGGACAUAGCACAUCCACAUAGCAGGUGCUUGUUGUGGAUAUAGAUCCUGCUGGCUCAUUCCCUUCUUACCUGUGCAAGGUGCCACUUUGCUGUGGACAUGACAUACUGCUUCUACUAGGUUUCAAAUCACGUCUGAAUUCUCCCUUAGUUACACCAGACUGACGGAUGGGUAAAUGAGGCUGUCGUAGGUGGGUAGCACCAGAGGUUUUUCUUUCUCGAGACAAGCCUGUCCUUCAUAGAGCAUAACUCAAGAUGAUUACUAAGUUAUCCCCCCAGUGUUAAUGGUAUUGUAAGUCUGGUAUGUAUGGUAUCUUGGAUGUAUUGAGAGUGGUAACUCAGAGCCUGCAUCUAGAUGUAUUGCCUCACUACAUUGAUGAGAUAACUAAGACUAGGGCUGGGACAGGUAGCUCGGGUACCCAGGUCGGGUGGGUACUGAGUUGGACCUGGGUACCCACAGGACUACCCGGACCAUUAAUGUCGUUAAUGUUUACAUUUCUCUCUGACUAUGCAUCCAUUCCUUUUGACCUUUAUGGGUUUGAAUAAAGAUAAAACUUCAGUGUAUGCAUGACUAGAUCGUUUAACAUGGGUAUCUAAAUACAUCUGGCCAGGGCUACGGUAAAACUGUUACCAUUUUGUACCCAUCUUUUGACACCUAUAGCGGGUACUAGGGUAGGGUCGGGUAUUAGAGGGGUGGGUACCGGGGUAGUAAACUUGGACUCGUCCCAGCCCUAAGACCUACAUGUAAAGUAGCAGAUUAACAGCAGCUAUGUAGUGUUUAGUUUGUUUAGGCUUUCAGUGAUCCAUUGUUUCGAAGUGUUCUGAGUGCAACGCUUCUGGUGAAGAAUCUAAGUGUUUAAUGCUACUUCUUCAAACAAUUCGGAAAUUUCGGAAUUGCCACUCUCAGUUUUCGCAUUAUUUCCUGGCAAUACCUUCCAGGUUUACGGAGUACCAGGAUGAACCAUGCUGAGAUGAGGAGGACGAGGGCUAUCUGAGUUGAACUUCUGGGGUACAGUGGUUCAUCUCAACUUGCGAUGUAGGGAGCUACGAGUUGUAUCGAUAACAUAUGCCAUUUGGACAUUAAGGGAACUGAAUUGUAUCAAUAGCUCAUGCCAUUUGGACAUUAUGGGAACUGAAUUGUAUCAAUAGCUCAUGCCAUUUGGACAUUAAGGGAACUGAAUCGUAUCAAUCGCUUAUGCCAUUUGGACAUUAAGGGAACUGUGAAUCAUAUCAAUAGCUUAUGCCAUUUGGACAUUAAGGUAACUGUUAAUCAUAUUGAUAGCUUAUGCCAUUUGGUCUAUAAGGGAGCUGUGAAUCAUAUUGAUAGCUUGUGCCAUUUGGCCAUUACGGUAACUGUGAAUACUACUGAUUGCUUAUGCCAUUUGGACAUUAAGGGAACUGUGAAUGUAUUGUUGUUUGUUCAUGAUAAUGUGUUGGAAGAAUUUAUCUGUUUACUUUGUUUUUGAAAAUGAAAACAGACAUGAAUAAAGUUAUCAAAGUGAAA